CCGCCGGAGCCUCCCCGUCCCGCCCCCCCGCAGGACCGCCGCAGCGAUGAUCUCCCACACGGACGGGAAGGCGGAGCCGUGGUUCACUCCGCUCCCUCGCCGCCGGGGGCAGGCCGCCCUGCGCGGCACCUGCGCAGCUGAAGAUGGGAUUGUGAGCAAGAAGGAGGAAGAUGCCCACCAAGGCAUCCCUGAGCCAGUGGAGCACGAGGGUUUACCCUCAGGGCUCUCCAAGGAGAACAGUUCCCAGAGUCCUGCACAGGACCCAGUCCUCCCACGCAGGUCAGAAAGGGUUCAGAGACCUCUGGGGAAGAGGCAAAGCCGAGCGACGCUGCGUGGAAGUUUCAGGAGGCUGCCAGACAUUAUCCAGCAGAGAAAUCCUUCUGUGGGGAGACUGAUGAUAUGUGGAGACUGCGGGAAGAGCUUCCGGGUGAGCUCCAACCUUGUCCAGCAUCGGAGAAUCCACACCGGCGAGAAACCCUUUGCCUGCACCGAGUGCGGGGAAAGUUUCCGGCAGCGGUCGCAUCUCAUCCAGCACCAGAGAAUCCACACAGGGGAGCGGCCCUAUGGGUGCUCCGAGUGCGGAAAGAGCUUCAGCAUGAGCUCAAAGCUGAUCCGGCACCAGGUAACCCACACUGGGGAGAAGCCCUACAAGUGCGCCGAGUGCGGGAAGAGCUUCUCCGGGAACUCACAGCUCGUCCAGCACCAGCGAGUACACACUGGGGAAAAACCCUACGAGUGCAGCAACUGUGGGAAGAGCUUCAGUGUGAGCUCAGCCCUGACACGACACCAGAGGGUCCACACUGGGGAGAAACCCUACGAGUGCGCUGAGUGUGGGAAGAGCUUCAGCCAGAGCUCCGAGCUGAUGAAGCACCAGCGGGUCCACACUGGGGAGAAGCCCUACGAGUGCUCUGAGUGUGGAAAGAGCUUCACUGUGAGUUCAGCCCUCAUCCAACACCGGAGGUUCCACAUGGGUGAGCGCCCCUACGGGUGCACCGAGUGUGGAAAGAGCUUCACUGUGAGCUCCCACCUCAUCCAGCACCGCCGCUUCCACACCGGGGAGCGUCCCUUUGAGUGCACGGAGUGUGGAAAGAGCUUCCUGUGGAGAUCAGCCCUGCUCCGGCACCACCGGGUCCACACAGGGGAGAGGCCCUACGCCUGCGCUGACUGCGGGGACAGCUUUCGGCAGAGUGCCCAUCUCAUCCAGCACCGGCGAAUCCACACAGGGGAGCGUCCCUAUGCUUGUGCUGACUGCGGGAAGGGCUUCACUGUGAGCUCUGCGCUCCUCCGGCACCAACAGAUCCACAGGGGUGGGGAGCCUUAGGAGGGUGUGUGGGGCGCAGUUAGGUCUGAUACCUUGGGAGCAUCCCUGGGGAGCAGAGCCCGGUGUCCCUCUCCCUCUGCUCUUUUAACCGCCCUGCUUGGGGAGGGUGAAAGCAGUUUCUUUUUAGGAGAAUGAGUCCUAAAGGAGAGCUGGAAGAGAGAGUUGGUGUAAGGAGCUGAGUUGGAGGUUUGGGGAAGAGCGUGCGACACAGCCGGGGAAGGAGGUGGUGUUCCAUAGUUCUUGGGAGAGGGACAGAAAGCAAGUAGUGUGAGGAGGCUGGCAUGUACUUGGUAGUGCAUUUUACAGGAAGGUAUAUACCUUUCUUUUUUUUUCUGUGCACACACGUUUUGGAGAACUUAUACAGUGACCCAAACGGACCAUUCUGAAGCCUGCAGCGCUCUGCCUCGAUGAAGAAAAGCUCGUGUGUUCCCUCCGUGCCACUGCUUGGUUUGGAGUUUCACAGUUACCUUCUGCAGCCCCUGGGCUGGGCCUGUAGCACAGGGGAGCCAACAGCCGGGUGUGCUUCACUUGUCCGUGCUGUGCCCCGGGCCUGCCCCUCCGCAGGCCGCCGUGCCCCGGGCCUGCCCCUCCGCAGGUCGCCGGCCCCACGGGGUGUCCGCCCCGGCCGUGUCUGAGCCUGUGGCACUUGGCGUCCACCCAGGCGAGGGCCCGCGCCCCCGCGCUGCCUGUUAAUGAUGCUCAAUUAUGUCUAAAACCGCCAAAUAAAAACCACCCUUAACCGCC